ACUAACAACACACUCCAAUUUCUCUCUACAUUUCAAUUCUAUCCAUGAAUAGAAGAAACCUGAGGAGGAGCAAGAGCCUUAUGGCAGCAAGGAAGAAGGUGAAGCUGGCUUCAUUUUCAAUGAGAAGAAAUCUUUAUACUUUAAGAAGGAUGAUUCCAGGCUGUGUGGAAGUUGAUGAAGAAACUUUGUUUCAGAAGUCCGUUGAGCAUAUUGUAAUGCUAAAAAUGCAACUGGGAAUUCUUAAGAGUCUCUUGAAGAUUUAUGAGAGCUAAGAAUUUGUAUAUGUAUUUGGUUCAUUACUCCCUUUGCAUGCAUGGCAUCAACUGUAUAAAUAUAACAUGAUGUCUUAUGUUAUUUCCACAAAGUAAUUUCAUGUGUAUCAUAUUUUAAUUUGAUUAAUAGCUUGUCAAUUAUGUAUUAAAUUGAAUAUAUUUUUCAAGAGUUUUGGUGCUAGGUGCCAUAUUA